AUGAAGUUCUCCGCCGUUGCCAUUCUUGCCUCCUUUGGAUCCGCUGCCGCCUUCUCCGGCUCUGCCUUCUCUGGAACCGCCCUUAACGCUGCCUCCAACGAUGCUUCUAUGACCAUGAGCACUGGUAUGGGAGUUAACGGAUUCGGACGUAUCGGACGUCUUGUUACCCGUAUCAUGAUGGAAGACGAGUCUUGCGACUUGAAGGCCAUCAACGCCGGUUCGGCAACCCCCGACUACAUGGCCUACCAAUACAAGUACGACACCAUCCACGGAAAGGCCAAGCAAACCGUUGAAAUCGACGGAGACUUCCUUGUUCUUGAUGGAAAGAAGGUUCAGACCUCCAGAUGCCGCGACCCUAAGGAAGUCGGCUGGGGAGCUCUCGGUGCCGACUACGUCUGCGAGUCCACAGGUGUUUUCCUCACCAAGGAGACGGCACAAUCUAUCAUCGAUGGAGGAGCCAAGAAGGUCAUCUACUCUGCCCCCGCCAAGGACGACUCCCAAACGAUUGUCAUGGGUGUCAACCAAGGCGAAUACGAUGGAUCUGAAGACUUCAUCUCCUGUGCGUCCUGUACCACCAACGGACUUGCCCCCAUGGUAAAGGCCGUCCACGACGAGUUCGAAAUCGAAAUGGCCCUCAUGACCACCGUCCACGCCAUGACCGCAACCCAAGCCGUUGUUGACUCUUCCUCCCGCAAGGACUGGCGCGGGGGACGUGCCGCAUCCGGUAACAUCAUCCCCUCUUCCACAGGUGCCGCCAAGGCCGUCACCAAGGUGAUCCCAUCACUUGUUGGAAAGCUCACCGGUAUGGCCUUCCGUGUCCCUACCAUCGAUGUCUCCGUUGUCGACUUGACCGCAAGAUUGACCAAGGCCACUACCUACGAAGAGAUCUGCGCCCACAUCAAGAAGAUGAGCGAGGGUGAAAUGAAGGGUUUCCUUGGAUACUCCGACGAACCUCUUGUCUCCACUGACUUCGAGGGUGACCUCCGCUCUUCCAUCUUUGAUGCCGAUGCCGGCAUCAUGCUCAACGAAAAAUUCGUCAAGCUUGUCGCCUGGUACGAUAACGAGUACGGAUACUCUGGCCGUGUUGUUGACUUGAUGAAGCACGUUGCCACAACUGACGCCAAGAUUUCCGCUUAA